AAUCUACCAUGGCUGCGACAAUGCCAAUAAAUCCCAAACCAUUCCUCAAUGGUUUGACUGGGAAACCAGUCAUGGUGAAAUUAAAAUGGGGCCAUGAAUACAAAGGUUAUCUAGUCUCUGUGGAUGGUUAUAUGAAUUUACAGCUGGCUAAUACCGAGGAACACAUUGAUGGCAACUGCACGGGGAACCUCGGAGAAAUUUUAAUUAGAUGUAACAAUGUCAUGUAUAUAAGAGGGGUAGAGGAAUCGGAUGAAGAGGGUGAAAUGAAAGAUUAAUAAAAUAUAUUAAGCUUAAUACUAAAUUUAGUAUUAUAUUUUAACCUUGUAUUAUUAAGUAUUAACAUAAUUGGACUAAUAAAAUUACUUUUGUUAAAUCAA